UAUUGGGCGUAGGAGAUAAGUAUUUUAGAAUUUAAUUUAGUUUUUCUGGAUACUUGAACUAAGUUCUUACCUAUCUUAGCUAUCCAACGAAAAAGAUUUCAAUUCGAACCAGUAGGUACCUAGGUAUUCGUAAGUACUAAAGCAAGAAAUAAAUUAGUUAUGUAUGUAGUAAAUUACCGCAUUGCAUGCAUGCAUUUUAAGUGCAUGGUCAAUAUAAUAGAGAAAUAAAAAUGCGAAAGUAGUAUACCUACGGCGCGGCGUGACCAAAAAUCUAAUAAUAAUAAAAGUAUUGAAGGGGAAUUAACCGCGUUACUGGAUGCAGUAAUAGCAUGGCACGGCGAGCCGCCGAGCCGCCGAGGGUUAAAGCUAAGAACCAAAAGCUUCAGUAGCCGGGCGCGCGGGCGGGACAAUCAGGGGUUGUAGAAGCGGGGGUGGAGGGGGUCGGGCGGAGGGCGCUCGAUACGCGCGCGCGCCGCGCUCCGCUUUCAGCCAGUCGCAUUUCGACGUCGUUGCGCUCAGUUUGUGUCACGCUCAUCGGCGCGCAUCUGUCAAACGCUACGAUAUCGAUAUAAAAGACAUACGUUCUUAAUAAGUAAUGUCGGGAUAAUUGUACCGUAUCCUCGUAAGAGCAAUGGCGCGCACAUUGCUGGCGAGCGGUGCGCUGCUCUGCGCGCUCAGCGCGGUGCUGCAAGCGCGCGCCCUCACCUUACUGCCGCACGACGUGCGCCCCGGGCAUGCCGUCAGACACUUCAUCGGCAACCACUCACGGUAUACGCUCCUAGAUCCGGAGUUCGCCCCUUACUUCACUCUUCUCGAUGAUGGCCUACUCAUGACCACUGCUGACCUAACACCUCUGCUCAAUCAGCCCAUCAAUCUCGCUAUACUAGAACAAACUCCAUAUAGCAGCUCGGCACAUGCCAUUCACCUCCUAGUGAUGGACCGCCGACGAAUGCUACAUUUCACCGCAGCCAACGGCCUAAUAGGAGAAAUAUCGGAAAAUGCUCCACCUGGAUCAGUUGUUGAUCUACUUCCUAUAAAAGCUACGGCACUUAUAGAUGUAGGUCCACUGGCGUACAAAAUAAUUAAAGGCAAUGAAGAUUCUAUUUUUUCAUUACGCCAAAAAGGAAAGACCGAGUCAAAUCCAGAAAUUAAAUCAGUCGUUACCGAUGGUGAUGUUGAAAUGAUUGCCAUUAAAUCAUUAGAUGCCGAAGUAAAGAAUUUAUAUGAAAUUGUUAUACAAGCAACUGACAUUCAUGGAGCGAAUAAAGCACAUCUUCCCGUUAGGAUAGAUGUGGUUAAUGAAAAUGAUCACGAGCCAGAAUUUGACCAAAAUGUCUAUUACUUUGCUGUAAAUGGAACUGCUGACGAAAAUGGACCUAAUGGCACUGCACACUGGCAGAGGUUUUCAAAUAUUGGACAAGUUCAUGCUUAUGAUGCUGAUGGAGAUCGGGUAUACUAUUCUUUGCAAACACCAAGUAAUUUGGCGGUAAUAGUGCCUCAAACAGGUGAACUUAUACUGGCUGGCGAGCCUGAUGGUCAUGAGGCUGAAUUGAGAGUGCUCGCACACGAUACCGGUUUUCCCCAACGUAAGAGUCAACCUGCUCGGGUCUUCCUUGAAUUUGUAGUUCGUGAUCAGAGAGAAUUACCGGUUCUUCAUCGUGAAAAGCGACGUGUAACCCGUGCCGUACGACCAACAAAACGUAUCGAAUUCACGGAGGCCGAUGGCGAAGUAGAAGGACGAGCCGUAUUCACGUUAGAAAAGGAAACUGACCGCGAGACUUUUAAAAUUCGGGACGAAAAUCCGUGGGUUACCGUUGAACCAAGUGGUGUAGUGAAAGUUAAAAAGAAGUGGGACUAUGAGGAGUUAGGACCGGAGAAGACCAUUGACUUCUGGGUGACCAUCACCAACGCAGGAAAUGGAGUUGCGCUUAAAUAUACUGACAACCAGCGAGUAAUAAUUCACGUGAAGGAUGUAAACGACGAACCUCCUUACUUCAUUAACCGUCCACUACCGAUGCAGACUGUAGUACAGUUGAACGCGGCUCCAAACACCCCGGUGUUUACUCUGCAAGCCAGGGAUCCUGAUACUGACCAUAAUAUCCACUACUUCAUCGUGAGGGAUAGGACUGGGGGCAGGUUUGAGGUCGACGAGAGAUCAGGAGUGGUGCGCACCAGAGGAACCGACCCCUUCCAACUGGAUAUGGAGUACGUGCUGUAUGUGAAAGCCGAAGAUCAGAACGGUCGUGUUGACGAGAGAAGGUUCCAGUCGACUCCUGAAGAACGACUCAGCAUUGUAGGAGGCAAGCGAGCACCACAGUUCUAUCUCCCAAGCUACGAAGCUGAAAUCGCUGAAAACCAGAAGAAAGAUUCUGAUAUAAUCUCUGUCAAAGCGAAAUCCUUUGCCGACCGUGAAAUCCGCUACACUCUGAAGGCUCAGGGUCAGGGCGCUGGUACGUUCAACAUCGGACCAACGUCAGGCAUCGUCAAGCUGGCUAAGGAAUUGGACUUCGAAGACCUUCGGCAGCCUCAUGUCUAUUCCCUAGUUGUCACCGCUACUGAAGAUUCUGGAGGAUUCUCUACAUCUGUCGAGCUCACAAUUCGCGUCACCGACGUCAACGAUAACGCACCAAAGUUCGAACUCCCCGAUUACCAAGCGCACAACGUUGACGAAGACAUUCCUCUCGGCACCAGCAUUCUCAAGGUCAAAGCUAUGGACGCUGACUCUGGGAAAAACGCAGAAAUCGAAUAUCUAGUUUCAGAUGACCACUUCAGUGUUGACUCAAAUGGCAUCAUUACAAACAAUAAGCAACUCGACGCCGACAAUAACAACGCAUACUACGAAUUCGUCGUCACUGCUAAAGAUAAAGGAGAACCAGCUAAGACUGGCACAGCCACCGUCAGGGUUUAUACUAAGAACAAGAAUGAUGAGGAACCGAAAUUCUCUCAACAAGUAUACACCCCGAAUGUCGACGAAAAUGCUGGACCAAACACUCUUGUAACUACUGUGGUCGCAUCGGACAAGGACGGUGACAACGUUAGGUUUGGCUUCGUUGGCGGCGGAACUAGCUCAGGACAAUUCGUAAUUGAAGAAAUAACUGGUGUAAUUCGACUUCACAAUAAAGCUAUAUCACUAGACCGAGACAAAUAUGAACUGAAUGUGACGGCUAUGGACGACGGUGCCUGUUGCGUUAACGGCGAUGCUACUAUACACACUUCUACAGCUGUAGUAGUCGUCUUCAUAACUGACGUCAACGAUAACAAACCUAUAUUCAAGGACUGUCCGACAUAUUUCCCAAAAGUCGAAGAAGGAGCACCGAACGGUAGUCCUGUUAUCAAAGUACACGCUACUGACGAAGAUAAAGGCGUUAACGGUCAAGUCAAAUACUCAAUAGUACAACAACCAAACCAAAAAGGGACAAAAUUCACUGUCGACGAAGAAACUGGUGAAGUAUCGACUAACAAGGUGUUCGACAGGGAAGGUGACGACGGAAAGUUUGUAUCGGUAACAGUGAAGGCGACAGAUCAAGGAGAACCAUCGCUGGAAGGUGUUUGUUCGUUCACCGUCGAAAUCACUGAUGUGAACGACAACCCUCCGCUAUUCGACCGACAAAAAUAUGUGGAGAACGUUAAACAAGACGCCAGUAUUGGCACGAACAUAUUGCGAGUGUCUGCAUCUGACGAGGAUGCCGACAAUAACGGCGCCAUUAUUUACACUUUGAGUGCUCCCUAUAAUCCCGCCGAUAUUGAGUAUUUCGAAAUCCAACCCGAGUCGGGUUGGAUUGUUCUAAAGAAGCCACUCGACCGGGACAGGUAUCGACUGCGCGUGCGCGCCUCCGACAGAGGCGACCCGCCCUCCUCCGCAGACGUGGACGUUGAAUUAGACGUGGUAGACAGGAACAAUAAGCCCCCCAUCUGGGACAUGACCACGUAUGGCCCCGUUCACAUCAAAGAGAAUGUCACAGUGGGUACCGUAGUGACCAGUGUGAAAGCCAGCUCGGGCAUUGAGAACAACCCGACCGUGUUUUACCGGCUGAUGCCCGGCUCUACGGCGCAAACCAACAAAUUCCACACUUUUUAUUUACAACAAAGGGCGGACAACGGGUUUACAUGGGCCGAUAUAAAAGUUAAUCACCCACUUGACUAUGAGAGCAUCAAGGAAUAUAAUCUCACGAUCCGAGUAGAGAACAAUGGGGCGCAACAACUGGCUUCGGAGGCGACGGUGUACAUCAUGCUGGAGGACGUCAACGACGAGAUACCUUUGUUUACGGAACGAGAGCAAGAAACUGUUCUGGAGGGCGAGCCCAUCGGGACCAAGGUCACACAAGUCAACGCCAUCGAUAAGGACGGCACCUUCCCCAACAAUCAGGUGUACUACUACAUAGUUGAUUCGCCGCGCAACGAGGGGAAGGAUUUCUUCGAGAUCAGCAUGCAGACCGGCGAGAUCUUCACGAAGGUGGUGUUCGACAGAGAGAAGCAGGGAGCGUACGCGUUGGAGGUGGAGGCCCGGGACGGAGCACCCUCGGCGCGGCCCAACUCCGACAACCAACCCAACUCAGGUAAGGGAAACCUUUCAGCGCGGGAAAUCGGAUAAGUAUGAGAAUUUAUUCUUACCUGAAAUAGAAAAACGGCGAGGGCUUAAAGCAACUUAUAGCAGGGAAAUCGGAAUAUACACUGUACAGUACGACAAGGCAAUUAAAUUAGUUAGAUAUUUAUGUAUUACUGAGUAAUAAUAU